CGCAUUCCUACUCUACUCCGGCACUGCACACUCACGAGCUGUGGAUAGCUGAUACUCUCCCCCGGCGCCAAGAAACCACGAAAUCGCCCCCCACACACACCUUCCCUUCGGUCCAUCCCGAUCUUACCAAGAAUCCGAGAUCCGCCUGCGACAGCUAGCGGUCCUAUCUUGAUCCGAUGGUGUCACCGGCGCCGGGAUGUAGGGAUUCGGGGGAGGAUGGCGGCAAGGCGGAGUGGCUGAUCUACGCCUUUGUCGCGCGCGGCAUCGCGGUGCUGGCGGAGUACACGGAAUUCACCGGCAACUUCCCCGCCAUCGCCGCACAGUGCCUGCAGCGUCUACCCGCCGGGUCGUCCUCCGCCAGCACCGGGCCUGACGGCCGCGGCGGCGCGCCGGUACGGUUCAGCUAUGCAUGCGACGGGCACACAUUCAACUUCCUCCUGCACCGAGGCUACGCCUAUUGUGUAGUUGCGAAGGAAUCCGUUCCAAAGAAUGUCUCAGUGGCAUUUCUUGAGAGGUUAAAGGAUGACUUCAUGAAGAGAUAUGGUGGCGGUAAAGCUGAUACAGCUCUUGCAAAAAGUCUAAAUAAAGAAUAUGGACCAGUUAUAAAGCAGCACAUUCAGUAUGUUCUUGAUCAUUCACAGGAACUAGAUAAAACGUUAAAAGUGCAGGCCCAAGUUUCAGAAGUUAAAAAUAUCAUGUUAAACAACAUAGAAAAGACUUUGGACCGCGGAGAAAAGUUGAGUGAACUCCAAGACAAGACUUCUGAUCUACAUAGUCAGGCCCAGGAGUUCAAGAAACAGGGGGUGAAGAUUCGUCGGAAGACAUGGCUGCAGAACGUGAAAAUUAAGUUGGUGAUUCUUGGAAUCCUUUUGCUCCUUGUGAUCAUAGUCUGGGUAUCUGUUUGUCAAGGCUUUGACUGCACCAAGCAUGAAACAUAGUAGUAAUAAGAAUGGUGCAGCACGACUGUGGCAGAGCUGCGAUGGAUGCGAGUUUGUGCUGGUGAGGUCAAGUGUGUACCCACAUAUGCUUUGGCUCUCAAGUUCGAUUCCACCAGACAAGUAUCACGGUACAAAUGUAAGUCCGAGCUGGUCUUUGUUGCACGCCGGAGGUAGGUGUACUUGCAAUGCAAGACUAGCAUGAUAUAAAGUGAUAGCAUGGUUCCUUCUGUACUAGCUGAAUUCGCUAGAAUCUAGCAUAAAAUGCAUUUCAAUUACCACUU